AUGUCUUCGGUUUCAAAUAAAAAUAAUAAUUCAUCUAAUACAAAUUUGGGAUCUACUGAUCAACAUACAUCAUCAUUAUUUAUCAAUAUUCAACAAUUACAAACUGGUAUUCAAGUACAACAUCAACAUGAAAAAGAGUCAUUAAACGAAUUGAAUCAACGUUUUCAUCAUUCUAUCGAUCGUGUUCGUUUGUUAGAAUCACAAAAUUUAAAAUAUCGUACAAAACUUACAGCUAUUCGAAAACAACCAUUCGAUGAUAAUGAUAUAAAAUCGAUUGAACAUUUUUCUAAUAUAAAAUCUGAACUUUCAAAGCAAUACAAUGCAACUAUUGACUGUAAAUCAGAUUUCGAAUGGUCUCAACUUCAAAUUGGAAUCUAUCAAAAAUGGAUUGAUAUUGAACAACAACAGAAAGGCAAACAAUUAUCAGAACUUGAACAAGAAUUGAAACAAGUUGUAUCUAAUCUUAAUAUUCUACAUAAAUCUUAUGCAGAAUUAGAACGAACAGCUAAAAAUCAGUAUGUAGAACGUGAUAACCUAUUUACCCAAUAUUUAACAUUGACACAUAAUUGGUGCAAUCAAAAAGCAAAACGAAAGAAAUACGAUCAAAGUAUGGAAUUAUUGAAGAAUAAUAUCGUAUUCUAUAAAAAUUUAUCGGCAUAUAUUGCACGAUAUACCGAAUCAUUACCGACUCAAUCGAACGAUGAGGUACAAUAUUGGGCGGGGGAAUAUGAUAAAUCUAUUAAGAAGAUACAUCAUGAUUUUGAAUUAUUUUAUGCAAACAUUUAUCGUGAUUUGACUUCGUAUUAUGAAAUAAAAAUGGAAGAAGUACGCAAAGAAGUUGAACAAACAAAACACGAGCAACGUCUUGAAACGGAAGAAUUUGUAAUAAGUCAACAAGCACUUGAAAAAGAAUAUGAAAAAGUACAAUAUAGUUUAACUCAUGAAAAAGAAAUUUUACACAAAUUAGAAUCUGUAUAUUCUAAAUUAGAAGCAGAAUUGAAAUCAUUAGAAAUUCAACAUGAAGAGAAACUGGAAUUACAAGCGAAAGAAAUACAUCAUUAUCAAGAAAGUAUAAUGACAAUCGCUUUCGAUAUCAAUGAAAUGCAGUCUAGUAAAAUUAAUUUGGAAACUGAAAUUAUUAUUUAUCGAUAUAUAUUGAAUGCUUUUGAAAAUGAAGAACAAGUGACAAUUGUCCCGCAUAAGUCAACAGUUGCGAAUGAAACAAUAGGAAAAUUCAUUGCUAAAGGACGAAAAAAACAUUCAAUUGGUAUUAAAGAAUGUGCUGCUAAUGGUAAAUAUAUUAGUUUGUUAAAUUAUUCAACAACUGAUAAUAUCGAUAUUUCGAAAUGGAUAUUGAAACAACGUACUGAUUCUGCAUCAGAAAUUCAAUAUAUAAUACCUGAUGGUGUUGUACUGAAACAAGGAAUAGAAUUAAGAAUCUAUUCAAAACUUGGCAGUGCCAAUGCUGAUAGAUCUUCGAAUGAAAAUACUCUUUCUCGACUGGUGAAUAAUAAUGUAACUUCAUGGGGUGUAGGGAAUACGAUUGAAAUACAUCUGUUUAAUCAGUAUGGUGAAAAGCAAGCAUCUUAUUUAGAAUCGAUUGAAGCUCGAGCAACCAAUAUAUAA